CCGCCCUGAGCGGACGGGACGGGGAGCCCCACCCCACUCAGCUGGAGGGAGGGAAGAGAAACUGAGAUUAGGCUCUGAGGAGGUCGGUGAGCCCCGCCCCUCCGCAAGACUCUUAAACCCAGGGACUGGGUGGAGGAGAGCCUGGACCAUGGGCAACGCGCAGGAGCGGCCGUCGGAGACGAUCGACCGCGAACGGAAACGCCUGGUAGAGACACUGCAGGCAGACUCCGGGCUGCUGCUGGACGCAUUGCUGGCGCGGGGCGUGCUCACUGGGGCGGAGUACGAGGCGUUGGACGCUCUGCCUGAUGCCGAGCGCAGGAUGCGCCGGCUGUUGCUGCUGGUGCAGAGCAAGGGCGAGAUCGCCUGCAACGAGCUACUGAGCUGUGCUCAGCGUACCGCGCGCGCACCUGACCCGGCUUGGGACUGGCAGCACGUGGGCCCUGGUUACCGGGACCGCAGCUACGACCCUCCGUGCCCGGGCCACUGGAUGCAUGAGACACCCGACUCGGGGACGGCAUGCCCCGGACUGCCCAGAACUUCUGGCUGGGAUGAGGCUGGGGGUCUCGAGGGCUCCGAAGCGGUGCAAUCCCGGAUCUCCGAGGACCCCAAGCCGGAGCUGGAAGCCGAGGCUUCUGAAGGGGCUGAGCUGGACCCAGAGCCCCAAAUGAAUCCGGAACCUGAACCAGAGGCAGAACCAGAGCCUGAAUUGGAGCAAGAGCCCGACCCAGAGCCGUAUCUUGACUGUGAGCCAGCGGAUGAGUCCGAAGGUGUGAGACUGCCUAACCCGAUGCCUGGCUGAUUCCUGAGGACCAGACCGCUGACCAGCCGUUUCCCACUGAAACCGGAAGGGACCUGGGAUCGUGCCUAGGCUUGGUCGAUGCCACUGAGACUCCUUGUGGCCGAGUGCCGCUGGAAGUAAUAAACCCUGGAGGGUC